AGUUUACAAUUCGCCGGUUCCUGCCUGCCAAUCAACGCGGUUAACAACGUUUAAUAAUCAUCCCACCCCACCCCCCUUGUUUCUUAUUUAUUCUCCGAUCCGAUCCGAUCCAGGGAAUUAUAAAUUCCCAAAAAGGAUUGGCGCAAUAUCUAUCAUUCCCAACCCUAAUUCAAUUCAGCUCUCUCUUUCUUUCGAUCUUCACAAAAUGAUGAUGGACGGAGAAUCCACCUCCUACCCACCUCAGCCGGUGCCGGUCCCGCCGGUGAUCAGCCCACAGUUCAUCGUUCCCUACCCGGUGGAUUUGGCGGUGGUGAGGAAAGUCAUGACUCUCCAGGAAGGCAAGUUCGAAGUCCUCGACAUCAACGGCACCGUCAUGUUCAAGAUAAAAAGCAAACUCUUAAGCAUCCGUGAUCGCCGCAUCUUGGUCGACACCAACGACACCCCCAUCGUCACUUUCCAACAAAAGAUAUUGACAGCUCACAGGAGAUGGCAAGCGUUCAGGGGAGAAAGCACAGAUCCGAAAGAUCUGCUCUUCAGCGUGAAGAAAUCAUCGCUGUUUCAACUGAAGACGAAGCUGGAUGUGUUCCUGGCGGGCAACACGAAAGGAGAGGUGUGCGAUUUCCACAUAAAGGGGAGCUGGCUGGAACGGUCGUGCGUGAUAUACGCGGGAGACUCGUCGACCAUUGUUGCCCAGAUGCACAAGAAGCACACGGCAGGGAGCGUAUUUCUGGGGAAAGAACAUUUCGGGGUGACGGUUUAUCCCAACGUUGAUUAUGCCUUUAUAGUGGCCUUGGUUGUAAUUCUUGAGGAAAUUAACCAGGACAGGUCGGGUGAGGACUAAGGUCACACAUAUCACAGAUGUAUAUGUGAAUAAUCUCUUGUUAAUCGUGAUGUUUAAUCAAAUUUUAUUUGAUUAUUUGUGGUUUACCAUCUA